AUGGACCUUACCUCAACUGAGAAUAACAACCUCUUGAACCAAACUGACGAAUCGAAUCCUCUUUCUAACUUAAUUCAAACUCAAGUCACUCUUAAUGAUGAGGAUCAAUCUGAUACUGAAGAACCAGCAAAAAUAACUGAUCUUACUCAAACUAAAUCAAACACUAUCAAUUCAGAUGAAGAUGAGGAAGAUGAAGUAACUAAUACUCAAGUCGAAAAAGACAAUGAAUCAGUAAAGAAAGUUAUGGUUAAUGCUGAAGUCUUAGAUAAAGAAACUGGUACUGAAAUUACGGGUGGUCAUAUAAUGACUCCUGCCACGUCCACAAUGCCUCUUUCCGCUUAUCCAUGUCCUGGUGAGAUGGAACUCCUCACCAUCAACCCACUUCUCCAACUUCGCAAACCAGGCUUUGUUCCAACUGCCAAUCUACCUUUGGAACUUCAACUCUGGUGGAACUUUCACUCGGAAACUCACGUGUCUGACGCUGAUAUGAACUUAUGGGCUAUGGUUAAGCCAAUGUCUGAUACACGUAUGAAUAGCACCUAUGAAAGCGUUAAACUCUCUCUAUCAAGCUUUGUCAGCUACUUCGAGACGAUCUUGGGACCUGGUCUCAAUCAAUUCAUCUUAAUUCGAUUCAAGAAUGCAACUGUCAAAGAAACCCUUCAACAAAACACCAGACUAGACUGUGGGGUUCUUGUGAUCUUCAAUGGCUCCACCCGCACCAGUCUUCUCAUCUUUAACUUAGAACCCAUCUCGAAACUCACCCCUAUCAUGAGCAGUUUACUUGUUGCUGUCACCGGCCUACCAUUUCACUUACGUCAUCGUAACAUAACUGAAGAGCUGUUUGAAAUCUUAAAAGCCCAUGGCACCAAUGACCGUUUUCAGAUCACCUUCAUCAGAGAACCCAACACCUCACCUGCUUACACCUUCAAUGGGGCUAGAAUCUUUGAAAUCCACUUCGAACAAAAGGCUGCAUCUCACUGGUUUGAUGUUUUAUCUCAAGACAAAGGCUAUUUAACUAUUACACCUUGGAAUUGA